GAGGAUAACAGGCCAGAUGAGGGACAUAUUCCUGAGAGUCUCUUGUUACAGGCGCUAAAGCAAGAACAUGUUGGUGCUGAGGUUUUCUCUUGUGAACCUUCUGUAUAUCACAGGAGUCUACUGCAACUGGGAAGUAAUUUACCCCAAUACAGCGAAGAGUGUCCAAGGAUCUUGUGCCCUAAUCCCAUGCUCUUUUAACUACCCCAGUGAUGUUCAAGCUCUGGAUGGAAUUGUCAAAAUUUGGUACAAGGACUUUAAUGGUGACCGAAAGCUAUUGUACCAUCCUACUGACCCCACAGAUUCUUCUUUUCUAGGACGAGUAGAAUUGGUGGGUGCGCCAGAGCCCAAAAACUGCACCAUCCUAUUGAAAAACCUCCAGACCUCUGACUCCGGGAUAUUUCAGUUCAGAUUUGAGGUUAUUAAUGGCAAUAAGUGGCUAGCUAAGACUGGAGUCAGCCUGGACGUUACAGAUGAUCUCCUUCCUCCAGAGGUUGUGUUUCCCCCACAAAUUGAUGAAGGCUCUUCAGUAACAUUUCAGUGCUCAACACCAUACUUUUGUCCAGAUGGUUCAGUGUCGCUAGAAUGGAUGGACUACCCUUCAGAGAGAUCAUACCUAUCCUUCAUGGUACAAAUGGACACAAAGGCUGUUCUUUUCACUAGAAACCUGACCACCAGCUUCUCCUGGACAGACCACCAGAAAAAAAUCCGCUGUGAAGUAUCUAUUGGACAGAAAAAAGCAAUGAAAGAAAUUACCCUCAAUGUUGCACAUCGGCCCAAAGAAGUGAAAAUCGUAUUGCAUCCUUCAGGUGGAAAUAUCAAAGAAGGUGACUCUGUCAGCCUGACCUGUCAGGUCAAUAGCAGCUACCCCUUGGUGACCAGCUACACUUGGUACAAGGAAGGACAGCAAUUUUCCAAAGAAAAGAUUGUAUCAUUCCACAGCCUAUCCAGAACUGACCACGGGGAAUAUCGAUGUGAAGUGGAAAAUUCUUUAGGCCAUGUAUCAUCGGAUAUACGUCGAAUAAUUGUCUUCUCGGCUAGGAUCGUGGUCUCUCCCUCACAAGGUAUGAGAGAAGGAGAGGCGGUGACCCUGACCUGCGAGGUUCCUGGCAUCAGACCUGAUGAAGUUCACUACAGCUGGUUUAAGAACAAUAUCUGGAUCAAACAAACUUCAGCACCAUCGCUCCACUUCCCAGGAGUAUCCAUCAGCGAUGCCGGUUAUUACCACUGCACGGUGCAAAAUGACAAAGGCAGCGACACUUCCCCUCCUGUCACAGUAAAUGUCAAAUAUCCUCCAAGAAUCCCAUCACUCUCAUCCUUCCUGGAGACUCAACACGGCAACUUGGCCAUAAUUCACUGUACUGUGGAAAGCAAUCCCUUCUCAGAGCUAGCGCUAUACAAGGAUGGGAGUCUAAUAGGAAACUCCAGUUCUCAUGGCACCCCCAGCGAGAGACUACAGGUGGUAUCAACUGGGAACUCUCUGAGCCUGAAGAUCCAGGACGUGAAGCUAUCUGAUGAAGGGCUGUACAGCUGCAGUGCAAAUAAUUAUUUGGGAAACUCAUCUGCAAGUCUUCAGCUGACAGUAGAAACGGCUAGAGUGGUCAUCACACCAUCGCCUGAAACAGAGGAAGGAAAAGAGGUCACCUUGACCUGUAUGGCAACCCGAGGCUCUGAGGAAGAAACCACAUAUUCCUGGUAUAAGAACAGCAGGAGUUUUAAAGAAGACAUGAAAGGGAAAGAGCUUGUCCUCCCCAGACUGUCCCGAACAGAUGCAGGUUCCUAUUUCUGCAAAGCUCAUGACACCAGAGGCACCAGCACCUCCCCACCGGUGACACUGCACGUGCUAUUUCCACCUAGAGACCUCUCACUAAAUUCACUUGUAUCAAGUGGAGGUAUUUCACAGGCGGUUAUUCGGUGCACCGUGGACAGUGAUCCUCCAUCACAGAUGCUCCUCUAUCGAGACGGGACUUUGCUGGCUUCAAGCACCAAAGUUAUUUCCAACAAAAGAUAUGAAGUUUCCCUUUCAACUAAUUCUUUACAGUUACAAAUCCAGAACGUUGUGUUUGAGGAUGAAGGACAAUACAUGUGCUUAGCAAACAACUCAUAUGGACAGAUGACGGGGGCCUUAGUAUUUUCUGCAGACACGGCAAAAAUUGUUGUAUCUCCACCUGGUGAUGUUCAAGAGGGAAGCGGAGUAAAUCUAACCUGCUUUCUCAAGACUAUGUCAGAAAACGUAAAGUACUCCUACACCUGGUAUAAAAACAACAUCCUAUACCUGGAAGGAUGGAGCAGCGUCUUAGAAAUGUCACAAGUCUCCAGUUUGGAUUCUGGUUUUUAUUAUUGCAAAGCGUGGAACAAUGAGAGCAGCAAGAGCUCAGCCGUGGUCAGCCUGAACGUUGCAUAUGGACCAAGGCAUCUCAAUGUGAUGUCCUUUCAAGACACGGCAGAGGGAAAAUCUGCAUUUAUUCGGUGUACUGUAGACAGUUUCCCAUCUGCUGAAAUGUCCCUUUAUAAAGAAGACCGAUUGGUUGCUUCCAGCAGAUACGAGGACUCUGUGAGAGAUGAGCGAUACCAGGUUACAUCAUCCCGUAACGAGCUGACUGUGAAUAUUAAGAAUCUAAAGCUGGAGGAUGAAGGAAAAUACAACUGUACCUCCAAAAACAGCAUUGGAUCAACUUCUCAAUCAAUGCAUUUCAAUGUGCAGACUGCAAGAGUUCUGGUAUCUCCAUCUAUGGAAGUUUGGGAAGGUUCCCAGGUGACUAUGACAUGUAACUUUUUGAAGUCGCAGUUGGAGGACACCGAAUACAUUUGGUACAAGGACAGCAAGUGGCUUAAGAAGACAGGAGACAACUCAUUGGUGUUUGACCAUGCAAAGGGCAGUGACACUGGGUAUUAUCACUGUGUUGUGCAGAGAACUGAGGACAGCAGUGUCUCUCCAUCAGUCUUCUUUCACGUGUCUUAUGGUCCACGAACACCAGUAAUGUCAUCAUUUUGGGAAGCACAGAACAACCAGAUUGGCAUCAUUCAGUGCUCAGUAGACAGUGACCCACCAUCCAACUUCGCUUUGUUCUUCAGAGGGAUGAUGGUAUGGUCAUCAAACUCCAAGGAAUCCCAGAGUGGCAGCAUAAGAGUAUCCUCUUCACGAAAUAGGAUGAAGAUGGAGAUCAGUGAAGUGAGGCUGGAGGAUGAAGGAUCAUAUCUUUGUGUAGCAAACAAUUCCGUUGGAGAGUCAAGAGCAACAAUCAACUUUACUGCACAGACCACCAGGAUUGUGAUCAGUCCCUCAUCAGUGGUUCAGGAAGGACAGGCUGUGAACCUGACAUGUGAAGUCACUACUGAUGAUUCAAGUGCAGUGACGUACACGUGGUAUAAAAAUGGCAUCAAGUACUCAGUAGGUUCCAUAACGAUCCUGCAGUUCAGUAAUGUGACCCGUGAGGACAGAGGAACUUUUCAAUGCAGUGUUCAGAGCCACCACGGAAUUAAAAGUUCCCAGUCUGUUACCUUGAAUGUUCUAUAUCCUCCCAAAAACAUGGACAUAAAAUCAUUUUUGGAUAUGGAGCACAGCAAGGUAGCCAUCAUUCUAGGCAGCGUCGACAGUAAUCCACCAGCAGAUUUGUCUUUGUAUAAAGAUGGACAACUCAUAGCUUCUUCAACCAAAGGAAGAAGGUCCAGCGAAAGGAUGAAAGCUUUCUUCUUACCAGACAUGUUGAGACUGGAAAUCACAAACAUCAAGUCCACUGAUCAAGGAAGCUAUGUUUUCACUGCCGAGAACACCCUGGGAACGAACCAAGCCUCCGUUAUCUUUAAUGUGGAAGAAGUCCAUGUUCUUGUCACUCCGUCCUCAGAAGUAAGAGAAGGGCAGAUAGUCGCACUGACUUGUGAAGUUUUAGAUAAUCCUGAAGAAAUAAUUAGUUACAGCUGGUACAAGAACAGUAGGUGGUUCCAAGAUGUCAGCGUGAGCUCCUUCGGGCUUGGAGCAGUACGUAGUCGUGAUGCUGGGUCUUACUCCUGCACAGCCCAUAAAUCACAAGGCUCCAAAACAUCUCCACCGGUCUCUCUAUCUGUACUAUAUCCGCCAAGGAACUUGUCCCUAACUUCAUUUUUAGAGCUUCAGGGAAGACAACUAGGAGUAAUAUUAUGCACUGUGGAUAGCAACCCUCCUUCACAAAUGUAUCUUUUGAAAGGAAAGGAAUCUUUAGGCUCCUCCGGUCUCCAGGACUCUACCCAACGGCUCAAACUGUCUUCUUCUCAUAACACAUUGAAGUUAGAAAUUGGAGACCUCACUAGAGAAGACCAAGGAGAAUAUUCAUGUCAGGCUCAUAAUUCUCUUGGGACUUUGACAAAAUCCAUAAGAUUCAUAGUACAAAGUGCAAGGCUAAUGGUAGUACCAUCUGAGGAGAUAUAUGAAGGCCACUCUGUGACCCUUAUUUGUGAGGUUCCCUGGACAACCAAUGCAACCUACACCUUCUAUAAGAAUAACAAGUGGCUUCAUGAAGGUUCUGAGAGGACUUAUGUACUGAUCAAUGUGUCCAGCUCAGAAACAGGUUCCUACCACUGUCUAGCAAAUUACUGGAGAGGGAACAUGGCCUCCCCCCUGGUUGGAAUAAGUAUACUAUAUGGCCCCAAGAAUCUGGUGAUAUCGUCCUUCUUAGAGACGCAUGAAAGAAAGAAUGGAAUCAUAUUGUGCAGCGUGGACAGCCACCCACCGUCCAUCAUUGAAGUUUACAAAAACAAUCUACUCUUGGGCAGCUCAGCAUUAAGACAGGCUGACCGAGGACAUAAGUACUGGACUUCUACAUCGUAUAAUCAUCUACGGCUGGAGAUAAGAGACUUGACGGAGGAGGAUUAUGGAAGUUAUAUCUGCAGAGCCAAUAAUACAAUGGGAACAGCAAGUUCAUCGAUAGACAUCAAUACAACAGACAGAGAGUCUCCAGCCUAUAAGGUCAUUUCCUGGCUGGCUAUCAUCUGUAUUUUGUUCUUGGUCUCCGGUAUCAUUAUACUUCUGAACUGGAAGAAGAUUAAAGAGAAGUAUUGGAGGAUCACAGACCAGGAACCUAUCGAGAUGGACAAUAAGGAACCAUCUCAGAGCUGAAAUAUUGACUAUGCUCCUCGGUGAAGACUCGGGAACGGCCAUUACGGUAAUCGUGGUGAACAUGAUACUUCAGUCUGUAUAAGGACAUCUAGAAGCUCCAGGACUCGUCACAUAGGAGGGCUUACAGAACUCUGGAUGAUACUUCUUCAGAUGUGGCCUGAACUGAGUUUUUCUUAUCACUUUAUCCAUAAACCAGUUGUGAAGAUAAUGUUGGACAUCUUCUCAAAGCUUUGCUGUAAAUCUACCCUGCUUUUUUAUAUUGUUCCUGUGGUUGCUAAAAGUAAAAUGAGACAAUUUUCUGAAUAAUCUUCAUUUAAAACAACCUACCAUUUGUGAGCUGAUGGUGCUGCUGAAUCUCAUAUAAAUCCAGCAGAGCUCUGCUACUAUUUCUGCAGUGGUGUACCUUCAAUGGUUCCAGACCACGUGACUCAAGGGGCUCCAGGGGCCCAGCGCUUAACUUCUUCUCUUCCAGACAUGAAAACACUAAUUUUUCAUGCAACCAGUAGGGGGAGUUUCAUGCAAAGAGAUUAUUACAGUAACUGUAUACAUUCCUCUACACAGAGCUCCCCCUAGUGGAAGCUGCAGGUCUCCAGUUUUGAAAUACUGUAUAUUAUGUGAAGCAGUGAUUUACAGCUGUACCGACGAGUAGUAAUGAGCGGCAUAGGCAAUAUUCCAAUUUGCAAUAUGUCACGACUUUUUUCACCAUAAAUUCGCAAAUUCUAGAA